AGGAUAAUCUGCACUUGGAAUUCCAACAUGGCUUCCCGGCAAAACGUCAUACUCCUCAUCAUCCUUGUUGUCUCCUUCGCUAUGACGUCAUCAAAACGGUCGCCGAGAAGAAAUCGGAACCGAGGCCAGUAUCGGGACUCUGAAAUCGAAGACGACCAGAGCGGCGAUCUCCAGGACGUCUGCGAACUGGAAGUAUCGUGCAAAGGAGGCGAAAUGCUGCCGGUAUCGCUGCCGAUCCGUGGCCCGCGGGGACCGUCGGGAAAACCCGGAACUCCGGGACUUCCCGGAAAGCGCGGACCUCCGGGGGUGCCAGGGGAAGCUGUUCUCAACUCUGACGACGCUGGGCACGUGGCGUUCUUCGUGGGUCUAGGUUCGAACACGGGACCUGUCAGCUCCAACACGGACCUCCUCUUCGACAAGAUUGUCACAAAUGUGGGCGCGGCCUUCAGCGUGGAGACAAGUCGGUUCACCGCUCCUUACAACGGGACCUACAGCUUCUCCGUCACCAUCGCGGCUCAGGGCAGACAGAGGGCCGCUGUGGAGAUCGUCCUCAACGGCAAGAUGGUGGCCACUAUUUGGGCGGAGAGUUUCCCGUACUGGGCGUCCGCCUCCAACACUGUGAUUCUCAACAUGGAGACUGACGACCAGGUCUGGCUGGUACUUCUCAGCCGCGCGUCUUAUCUGCACGGCUACAUGUAUACCACUUUCUCGGGUCAUUGCCUCUAUCGGGGUCUUUGACGAAGGCUGGGAGGAGGGCUCUAGGGCGAAGACACGCCCACAGGGGGAGGGGCUAGGGCAGGGGGAGGGGGAAGAGGAGAUGGUGGUAGGGAAGGGGGAAAGGGUUUCGGAAGAUUUGACUGACGGGGGGAUGCAUAGUGGGAGAGAAGAGGGAAGGGGGAAUAGCGGUAGGAGGGGAGGGAGAGGGAGGGGGAGAAAGGAGAAGGAAAGAGGAGGGAGGGGAAGGAAAGGUGGGCGGGGCAAGCUUGGUGACGUAGAUAUUGAGGGCGUGGCGGAUGAUGUGGUGAAUCAGAACGACAAGUCGAAGCCUGACCUCGUGAUUGAGGUCAUGGUGGAGAACGAGAAGGGGAAGAACCAUGACGUCAGCGGGGGUGAUGGGAAUAAUCGGGAGAAAAACGUUGUCUAUUACGAAAGGAACGGCGCGUACAGUACUUCAAAUCAGAGGGAACGCAAUAAAGGAAAAGACGCAGGCAGAAAUAACGA